AUGGCACCCUUCGUGACCCUCCUCCUCCUUCUCACCUGGACAAGAGUCGCCGGGCAAUGCCCGCCGGUUCUGCUUGUUUCAGGUAGCCCUGGCGGCGCAUGGGCAGCCAUUACGCCGGGUGGAUUCGUCCUCACUCUCGGUACAGAUUGGCACGGUGGGGACUCCAGCGCCGUCAGUGGCCAGCUCACGAAUGUGGAUGCGAUCUUCUCCAACGGACUAGCCUUUGCUGCGCGCAAGUCGGAUGGGACUCUCGUCACUUGGGGAUCUGCAGAACGGGGAGGCGACUCCAGCGCUGUCAAAGACAACCUAACCAAUGUGGAAGAGGUCGUCGGAACCCGGUUUUAUUCCUUUGCGGCCAAGAAGACGGAUGGGACUGUGGUCGCUUGGGGGGAUCCGGCAAAUGGUGGGGACGCGAGUUCCGUCGCAGACCAGCUGAGCAACGUGGACACAAUCGCCGCCACUGAUCAGGCCUUCGCCGUAAGAAAGAUGGAUGGCACGGUGGUGGCUUGGGGGGAUUCAAGGCACGGCGGAGAUGUCCAGAACUUCAGUGCCUUGCUGACGGACGUUGUCCAACUUAUCACCUCUUCCGGCGACCCUAAUGCCUUUGCAGCCAUCAAAGCAGACGGUACGGCAGUCAUUUGGGGCGGAGCGGUUACCAAUGCCUAUGAGCAAUCUGGCGGUGCCGACGGUGCCGCUGCCGCGUACCUCUUGGAGUCGAACGUCCGCGAGAUCGUCAGAAUCGUCAGCCUUGUUUAUGGGACACUUGCUGUCCUCCAGACAAAUGACACGCUGAAGACCUACACCCCGUAUCGAGACUGGUCCACUCAGACCUGGAAACUUCGGCAGGGCACAAUCCAGCUCACCAACGUGGACACGGUCAGUGCAGUUGAUCGCAACUUCGUUGCCAGGCAGCGCGAUGGCACCGUGGUCAUUUGGGACCCUUCAUCUAAUACGGAAAACGGUCGCCUGACGGAUGUGGACUGGAUAGUUGCGGGUAGUUCUGCUGUGGCAGGGAGGAGGUCAGAUGGAACUGUGGUCACAUGGGGCAACUCGUUUUCCGGAGGGGAUGCGGGCGAUGUCGCCGCACAGCUUACCAACGUGGAAGCCAUUUUCACCAAUGGCGGAGCGUUUGCCGCAUUGAAGGCGGAUGCGACCGUGGUCACCUGGAGGAACACCUUUAACGGGGGGGAUUCAAGUGCCGUCGCAGGCAACCUCACCAAUGUGAGCACCAUCUUGAGCAACAAUGGAGCGUUUGCGGCGAAGAAGACUGAUGGCAACUUUUUUUUUCUGGGGUUCGUCUGA